UCUUUUUUUCCCAUCCAGACGCACUGGUGUGUGACAAGAACAGCUAUGCAGACAGUAAAGCGGCGCUCAAGCACAUCCUGACGGCAACCCCGGGCACCCCGAACGCUCUUUUUCCACAGCCUCCAGAAGUGGGGUACCUUCAAGAGAAGACUCGAAUCAAGGGAUGUCACAGGAAGCCUCCAAAUGAGAGAUACUGAAGCGAACGAAGGGAUACAUCCAGUGACUGAAGAGUUGACUGCUCAUCUCGACUCGUUCGAUUCAUUCUGAACGAGGUGGAUUUCUUUGCACGUUCUUGAGGGAACUGCAGGUGGCUGGAGAACUUUACUGAACUCAGACUAAUUCUGAACUAAGACGACAGUUCAAAAAGGACAAUUAUGGCCAACUCUGGGUUUCAGCUUCUAGGCUAUUUUCUCGCUCUGGGUGGAUGGAUUGGCAUCAUCUCCACUACGGUGCUGCCCCAAUGGAAGCAGUCCUCGUACGCAGGGGACGCCAUCAUCAUGGCCGUGGGCUUGUACGAAGGCCUGUGGAUGUCCUGUGCAUCUCAGAGCACGGGCCAGGUGCAGUGCAAGAUCUUUGACUCCUUGCUCUCUCUGGAUGUCCACAUUCAGACCUGUCGAGCUCUGAUGGUAAUCUCAGUGCUGAUGGGAUUCAUCGCUAUCAUUGUGAGUGUGGUCGGGAUGAAAUGCACAAAGGUGGGUGACAACAACCCAUCCACCAAGAGCAAGAUCGCCAUCUCUGGCGGGAGUCUGUUCCUGCUCUCAGGUGUGUGUACGCUGGUGGCCGUGUCCUGGUACGCCACACAGGUCUCCUACCAUUUCUUCGACCCGAACACGCCAAUUAACGCCAGGUAUGAGUUUGGUCCCGCCCUCUUCGUCGGGUGGGCGGCUGCCAUCCUGAUGAUGUUGGGCGGUUCGUUCCUCUGCUGCUCCUGCGUUAACGAGGACAGAAGAGGACAGCAGUUCUACCGGCAAUCUCAACCCUCUACAGCCAGGGAGGAUGAGUUGUUGAGUGAGACUAGUUUCCCUGACUGACCAACCCUCCCUGCCUUUAUUCGAGGACUGUCCGAGCUCCACUCUCUGUAUCUGUGUCCCUCACUCCCACCUAGAAUCCAAAUUUGGACACUUGUCUGUACGAUUGGACAAAUGUCUCUUCUACACCCUACAUACUUAAAAUCUCUGUGCCUUUUUUUCAACAUCUGAUCAAUAAACGUGUUCGAAAAACUGUCACCCCAUAUCUGUUGUGUGCUAGCCCCGAAACGUUUGACCCCUCUUUGUUUGUAACCUUUGUAAAUAUGUAUUCUUGUAGCAUGCACGUGAAAAAACACCCUCCGAAGCAUGGACUGUUUCAUUGCAAUACGUCUGAAACGGUGGAUCUGCCGUUUUCCUUGUAACUCAAACAUGUUUUGUUUUUCUUUUAAAUUGCAGAGCAAAUGUUAAAAGUUCUCCACCAGAGAAAGGGGAGCAGUACUUGUAGUUUGGGAGAGGGCGACUUCGUGGGUCACAAGCUGUUAGAUUUUGGCAACAGACAAGACACUCUCUUUCGGUAAAAAAGCAAAGAACUCCAGUAAAAACGCAUCCUAGAAUUAGAAAGCCAGCUGACAUGUUUCCCUGUAAUACAGACAAUGCAGAGCAAAGCAAUGCAUUUCCAAACAACAUGUGACUGUGUACUGUAGUAAAAAAAAAAACAAAUGUCAGAAAUUUGAUAAGGAGUGAGCCGCAACAGCAUUAUCGCAUAUACGUGUGCGACAAAUAUGUCAUUUUUUUGUUACAGUUGGAGUUUGUUAUACUUGCCGAAAAACUAUAUCACUCAUCUGGAGAGCAUUGAUUCAGGGUACAUUAUAAUGCAUUUAAAUAAUUAUGCAAAUCUUCGACAUGUGCAGUGUAAUAUACUUUGCUAUAACUGUGUUUUGACUCACAAAUGUCUUUUAGUUUGCUAAUAGUUGGUGUAUGUCAGAUGGAUCUUUUACCCAAGGUAAAAUCAAUUGUUUUUUUCCUUAUUUUUUGUUCAUAAAUGUAUAGUACGUAAACUUCGAGGGGUUUGUCGCUGUUGAUUUUGCUUCGAACGAGACCCACGUGCGACACGGAUACAGUUAAAUCUCUUGGAAACUCUCUAGUGCACUUAUGAUGUGUCUUGGUGAAUUGUAUUCAACCUGCAUUGAAAGGCACUAUUUAUCACAAAUAAUGUCUUUAAAGUGGUCGCGGAGUCUGUAGGUUGUCAUUAGAAAUUUUUUAGUUCAUGUGCCACCAAUUAUGUUACCUAAUAUUCACGUAUGUAUCAUCUCAUAUGAUGUAUCGAGCUUUCUGUUUAUGUUUUAAAAUAAAAUAAACUAUACAAAGA